GGGCACAGAUCCAUCCACUCUGAGCUUCGGCAAAUUGUUUCAACGAGAGUGCGUGUGCGUGUGCGUGUGCUUUGCUGUUGAAUUGCGAUGGUAUUCUCGUGGUGGUGGUAUUGCAGUGCUAUGAGAGACCAAAACUUGUCGCAACCGUGAGAUUGAGGAUGUGUGCUUAAUAGAGAAGGAGGAGGAAUUGAUGAAAGUCUUUUAAAAAACCACGCCAUGGAGCUGGUGUUGUGCAAGAUGGAGGUCACGAUGGCAUUGCCGCGCUCCUUGGAUCCACCCGAGCGCUUCUAGCGGUCGAUUGCUGUUUAAUUCUUGUCGAUGUUUGAAGAUCUCACGUAGAAUUUAUUAGAACCAACCGCGAGAAGUCUUCUUCUCAACGACGGCUAUUCACACUUUUUUCAAGCGUAAUCUAUUCUGGGAGAACGCAUUUACGCGAGUAUUUCCACAGCCAGCACUCGCCUCUUUUAGAUUGCUGAACAAGUAGGAGAAGCAACACAUUUUCAGGCAUUGAACAGACCCUCGCGUACUCACCAUUUCUGACGCCCGGGUCAUUUUAUUUUAUUUUUGUUUGUUGAGCUGAGCGUAUUAAGGAUGGCCGAGACGAACACAGGAUUACAGAGCGACUGGUGCUUUGUCCAUCGCCCGAUUCCCAUUCUCAUCCUAUCGAGGAAGCUGGGUUCUUCACAACAGCGAAGCAAGCGUUCUUCCAGUGGAGGAGGGGGUUGGUGAGCUAGCAUUGUUACAGUUGUUUUUUCCGAAUUUGCAAAUCCCAACUUUGUUUGGUCUAUGCUCAUUCAAUUUUGAUCAAACGGUGAUCCUUAUCGCCAAAUUAGUGGUUAGUGUAUCUAUAGGCUGAAGGCUUUCUGAGGCGAUAAAGCAAUGCAAUUAAUAUGUUUCGAGGCCUGUUGGAUAUGACUUCACUAUCUCCUUCUUGCUUUUCAAAGCUUUUUAGCUUACCAGCAUCUACGAAUGAGUAGAAUGAUGCCUCUUUCAGACAGGACGGGGUUUGUCACCUAAGCCCAAUUCGUCUCUUGACAACUUCCUGCAGCAUCACCCGCUCGAGCAAGACUUUCUUCUAUGCCAACAUAGAAGUUAGAUCUAUACUCUAAGAGAAUCUUAUUCUUCUCAAGAGCCCUUUUUCUCCUUCGCAAUUUCUCUAGCAGGUUCUUCCGAUAGGAAUAUUGUCGAACUCGAAAUCAUGUCAGGCGGCUCUAGGGCUGUGGAUGCGCCCAAUUAUGAUCUGGAAAUGGGGGCCUUCCGUGAAGGAGAACGUGACUGGAAGUUUGUCAAAAAUGAUGGGGAAACGGCAUUCGACCUCAAGGUCAACCCUUUGAAUGAGAAUGAAGCUCGUGAGGAAACCUCUGUCGUCGAGAGGAUACCAUCAAAAGUUGGCUUAAAUUCAAAGCAGUUUCGAUUGCGGAGAGCGGUUUCGGAUGUGCGUUUCAAAGCGAAGUUAGCCCCUGUUCACCCUGAUAAGAAGAGCUACAGCAAAUGGGAAACAAUUGUAUUGGCGUAUCAGACACUUGGUGUUGUAUUUGGAGGGCUGGGAACUUCCCCACUCUAUGUGUGGCCAACAAUCCAGAUUUCAAAUCCCGGGGAAACAGAAUUCCUUGGAGUGUUAAGUCUUAUAUUCUGGACACUUACGCUGGUGGCUUUAAUUAAAUACGGGCUUAUCGUUAUUAAUGCGGAUGAUCAUGGCGAAGGGGGGACAUUCGCGGUGUAUUCCAUUCUCUGCCGCAACGCUAAUUUUGGGCAGAACAUUGCGGACCCAUCGGUCUACAUCUUAGCGGGAGCAAACAUGAAUAAAGAGACUCGGGCAAAGGAGUCUGAAAGCACUUUGGCAAAAAAACUGCGUCACUUCAUUGAGAGGCAUGAGCGCGCCAAAUUUGUUCUCUUUGUUAUGGUAAUGCUUGGAACUGGCCUCGUCAUUGGUGAUGGCAUACUCACGCCUGCCAUCUCAGUGUUAUCAGCCAUGGCUGGAAUUCAGAGCGAGGAUCCGUCUAUCAAUACUUCUGUUGUAACGUGGACCUCGGCAGCCAUAUUAGUGGCGCUAUUUCUGGUGCAGCGUUUCGGAACCAAUCGGAUGGGCUUUCUAUUGUCACCUAUAAUGCUGAUUUGGUUUUUGGUAACUCCAGUUAUUGGGGUUUAUAACGUUGUUCAGUACUACCCCUCCAUAUUCAAAGCAAUAUCUCCUCGUUACAUCAUCGAGUUCUUCCGAGUAAAUCAGAAGGAAGGUUGGAUAGCGCUAGGAGGCGUGGUGCUUUGCAUCACAGGUGCGGAGGCUUCGUAUGCUGACCUUGGCCACUUCAAUAAGCGCUCAAUUCAGAUCGCAUUCUAUUGCCUUGUCUAUCCAUCCGCCAUCCUUACUUAUGCCGGUGAGAACGCGUAUCUGAUAGCUCAUCCAGGUGAUCAUAAGAAUGCCUUUUUCAAAUCCGUCCCUAAGGCAGUUUACUGGCCUGUUUUUAUCGUGGCAACAUUAGCUGCUAUCGUGGCCAGUCAGUCACUCAUAACAGGGACAUUUUCGCUGAUCAAGCAAUGUACGUCACUCGGAUGUUUUCCACGAGUCAAAAUGGUGCACACAUCUGCGGAUCAGGAAGGGCAAGUUUAUUCUCCAGAAAUCAACUGGAUGCUUAUGGUUCUAUGCAUUGCAGUGGUAGUCGGAUUUCAAGACGCUGGAACGCUUGGGAAUGCUUUUGGGGUGGCCGUGGUAGGCGUGAUGUUGAUAACGACUAUUUUGGUUACGUUAGUGAUGAUUCUAGUGUGGAAACUGCCAUGGCCUGUGGCCCUUCUCUUCCUGACGGUCUUUGGAUUUAUUGAAGGUGUUUACUUCACAGCCGUAUGCGUCAAAGUACCACACGGUGGCUGGGUCCCCUUCGCAAUAGCAUCAAUGUUUCUUGCAAUUUCCUUCUGUUGGAAUUAUGGGAGGCGGACAAAGCAUUCAUAUGAGGUGAGUCAUAAGACCAGCCUCGACAAUUUAGGUGCUUCAAUUUUCAGUAUGGGAACACAACGGGUACCUGGAAUUUGUUUCUUUUAUAGUGAUUUGGCGCUUGGCGUGCCUCCAAUCAUCACGCACUACAUGAAAAACGUUCGAACGCUGCAUCAAGUUUUGGUCUUUACCACAAUAAAGUUCUUACCGGUACGGACCGUAGCACCUGAAGAUCGAUUUUAUGUUGGACGGGUUGGAUUCAAGGGAGUGUAUCGCUGUGUAGCAUGUUAUGGUUACCAAGAUGUGAUUGACUGCAAGGACGGAGCAUUCAAGGAUCACGCUUUGCGAAGUCUGCAAUUAUAUCUCGAGAAUGAAGAGAGAAAUGAACCAGAUGCAAAUGGAAUGGAUGGGCGCACGCCAUCAUUUCAGAGGACGAUUGCAGCCCACAAUCUGGAGGACCUAAUGGAGUUGAACAAAGCCCGUGAAGUCGACGCAGUUCAUGUUGUGGGCAAGAUCACUGUCCGGACUACUGAGUCAACUGGCUGGUUUGGGCGACUUGUUAUCAACAAAGGCUACUCUAUUCUCAGGAUCCUCUGCCGAUCUGUCGUAAAGGAGCUGCAGAUUCCUCCAGCAAACUAUCUUGAGGUAGGCAUGCUCUAUGAAAUAUAA